AUGGCUACCCCCAGUGUCCUUACCUUUGAUGCUGAGGGUCGUGCUGUUGACUUUGAGGUCUGGGUCGAUGACCUCCAGCUGUUCCUACAGUGCGAUAGGGCAAAUGGACUCUCCCUGCUUGAUCUCACCUCUGGUGCCUCUCCUGCCCCGCCUACUGAUGCUGACAGCACUGUUCGCUCACAGUGGGCCACUCGCGAUGCUGCUGCCCGUCUUGCUGUGCGUCGCCACUUACCGACCACUGAGCGUGCGCACUUUAGUCAGUACAAGAGUGCUAAGACCUUGUACGACGCUGUAGUUGCACGCUACUCUUCCCCUUCCACUGCUGCUCUUAGCCGCCUCAUGCUGCCGUACCUGUUCCCUAACCUUGCUGCCUUUCCCACAGUCGCUGACCUCAUUACGCACCUUUGCACUAGUGACACUCGCUACCGCGCUGCGCUUCCUGCUGAGUUCUGUGCCAAGAACCCCCCCCCCAUGUACAUCACCCUCUACUACAUAGUCGCCCGGCUCCCUGACUCCCUUCGAUUAGUCAGGGACCACUUCCUCUACGUUUGCCCCACCACACUCACCGUUGACCUCCUCGAGGAGCGCCUCCUAGCAGCAGAAAAGAGCAUAGUCGCUGUAGGAGCCUCUCGUGGUGACCCUCGCACCCCCGUCUUUAAGGGGUGUUCCCCCUCCCCCCUCAUGCCCUCUGUUGCUUCUGCUGCUGCAGCCGACCUCGUUGGCUUCGAGUCGGUCGGCACUACGUCUGCCCCUAGCGGGAGACGCCGCACCGGCAAGGGCAAGGGGGGCAAGGGCGCUCGAGGGGCUGGCGGGGGUGGUGGAGGUGGUGGUGGAGGCAGUGGAGGGGGUGGGGGCGGUGGUGGGAGUGGUGGCGGGGGUGGAGGUGUCGAUGGCAGCAAUGGAGGCGGAGGAGGCGGCGGCGGUGGCGGAGGGAGCGGAGGCGGCGGAGGUGGCGGAGGUGGCGGAGGUGGCGGAGGCGGCGGCGGCAGCGGAUAG